GUAAAUUCAGCAGCUGGGGUUUGCUCAGCGCUGGAAGUUAGCGUGGACUCUCUCUGGGGUAAAUGUCGGUGUGUUUUUGUGGACUCACUGUCUUGACACCCUCGCUGGGAUUAUAUAACCUCGGACAGGCUGCUCAGCCCUCAGAAGUCGCUCCCACAGCGUCGCACAGAUGGGUGAAGAGAAGAAAAGCUCCGCGGGAGUGAAAUACUACCGACUGGCAGAGAUAGAGAAGCAGAACUCCUUCAAAUCGACGUGGAUCAUCAUCCACAACAAAGUCUACGAUGUGACCAAGUUUCUGGAGGAGCACCCCGGAGGAGAGGAGGUGCUGAGGGAGCAGGCGGGAGGAAACGCCACGGAGAGCUUCGAGGACGUCGGACACUCCACCGACGCCCGAGAGAUG